AUGCUCACCAAACUUAAGGAGAGCUUUUUUGGCAAUGGCCGUGCCUCUGCCUGCACACUCCCUGUACCCCGUCCUGUGCCUGUGUACCACCUGUACCUCUCCCGGAACCGCUCCUGUGUCUCCAUGUCCACCUACAUCUGCAUCCCCACCUGCAUCUCCUCCUGCAUCCGCAUACCCACCCGAGCACAGCCCCAGAUCCCUGGCGGCCUGAGUUGUGGUGAUGUGAUUUUGGAGCCUCCCUCUGCCUCUUCACCCUGCAGUUCCUCCGCCUGGUAUAGCUGCCUGGACAGUUCAGAGGACCCCCCUGGAGCUUUUCCUGCUGCUGUAGUGGGCUGGGCUCAGCAGCCGGGCGGGGCCAGCUCCCAUCUGCGGCUGGGGUGCUUCAAGGAUGACCGCAUCGUCUUCUGGACGUGGAUGUUCUCCACCUACUUCAUGGAGAAAUGGGCUCCCCGGCAGGAUGACAUGCUUUUCUACGUGCGCCGGAAGCUAGCCUACACAGGCAACGAGAGCAGCAUUGAAGGGAAGAAGGCUGAGGCCGAACCCGAGGUGGAAGUGGAAGUAGAGGUGUACCGGCGGGACUCCAAGAAGCUCCCCGGCCUGGGAGACCCUGACAUUGACUGGGAAGAAAGCGUCUGCCUGAAUCUCAUCCUGCAGAAGCUGGACUACAUGGUGACCUGUGCGGUGUGCACACGUGCCGAUGGCGGGGACAUCCACAUCCACCGGAAGAAAUCCCAGCAAGUGUUUGCAUCCCCCAGUAAACACCCCAUGGACAGCAAAGGGGAAGAGUCCAAGAUGAGUUACCCUAACAUCUUCUUCAUGAUUGACAGCUUCGAGGAGGUGUUCAGCGACAUGACCGUGGGGGAAGGAGAGAUGGUCUGCGUGGAGCUGGUGGCCAGUGACAAAACCAACACGUUCCAGGGCGUCAUCUUCCAGGGCUCCAUCCGCUACGAAGCCCUCAAGAAGGUGUAUGACAACCGCGUGAGUGUGGCCGCUCGCAUGGCCCAGAAGAUGUCGUUUGGCUUCUACAAGUACAACAACAUGGAGUUCGUGCGCAUGAAGGGCCCCCAGGGCAAGGGCCACGCGGAGAUGGCAGUCAGCCGAGUUUCCACGGGCGACACGUCCCCCUGCGGGACUGAAGACUCCAGCCCGGCUUCUCCCAUGCACGAGCGGGUGACCUCCUUCAGCACCCCCCCCACCCCAGAGCGGGGCAGCCGGCCCACCUUCUUCUCGCCGUCCCUCAAGAGGAAGCUGCCCCGGAACCGCAUCGCCGAGAUGAAGAAGUCCCACUCAGCCAACGACAGCGAGGAGUUCUUUCGGGAGGACGAUGGUGGAGCCGAUCUACACAAUGCAACCAACCUGCGGUCUCGGUCCCUGUCUGGCACGGGGCGGUCGCUGGUCGGGUCCUGGCUGAAGCUAAGCCGAGCUGACGGGAAUUUCCUUCUCUAUGCACACUUGACCUACGUCACUUUGCCGCUGCAUCGGAUCUUAACAGACAUCCUGGAAGUACGGCAGAAACCCAUCCUGAUGACCUAAUGUGCGCAGAGCCUGCGGAGCCCCGGCCCACCUGGCCCUGGGAAUGCUGCCAAGUGCCUACCUGCCACCGCCACCAAGGUCUUCUGUAACGAGCCAGCGCCAGCGCCGCAGCCAUGCAGGGCCACUCGACUCCUGGGGCCUGGGCCAACUCCAUGAACACCAGCCCAAACUGAAGUGCCUCGUCCUCCUCCAUGCUGGCUCUGCGCCCCUGUGCCCAUCCCCGGCACCCCAGCCCAUUUGCAAAGAGCCUUCUGCACCCAACGAGGGUCGGAGACACCAAGAGGCCGGCGCCCCGCUCGGGCCCUCAGUGAGCCAGACUGUCCAUGUCGGGGGUUUGUAACGUGGUACUGAUGACGUGUGUCCAAGUCGGCCCCACCUCCCGCCCUACUUACCACUUUUGUCACGGUCGGUCACUGUGGGGAGUCUGGUGGCUUUGCCCCAGGCUGUGAAUACCUCUCCCCACGGCAGGUCCAGCCAGAUCAGCCUCGAGCUGAGCACACAGGCCCCGAUCCUUCCAGAAUGGCCUUUUGCUUCCAGCCAAAGAACACCGCCAACACACACCUCCAGUCCCAGGACACCCUGCUCCGGCCUUGGCGGCCGAGCCAGAGUGUGCAUUCUGAGGGCAGGUGGAGAUCUGGUAGUAGGCAGGAUGGGACCUGUGCUGCGGGGGCUGAUGUGGGCUGGGGUUGGAUCUGCCCUGGAAGGCUGUGGGCCAGGCAUUUCCUCUCCCGUUCCUCCAGCCUGUGUCCUCUGGCCGGGGCGCAGGCCGGGGCACAGACAGAGGAGCCGCCCAGCCGUGCGGGAGCAUUGAGCCAGCUGCCGGUGCAGCCGAGGCCUAGCAGCGCGCGCUCAGGAGCCGAGGCCCCUCUUACCAACCGGAAUCCACUGGAAGCUGGGCCUUACGUUGCUGGGCUCCGGCAGCGUGUGCAGAGAUCCCUGGUGGGCAGAGGAGGGAGCGGGAGCCUGCUCUCCCAUGGCCACUCUGCCUGCUCCAGAAAUGGGGACUGCUUUGGGCCUUUCUCGAGAUUUUGUAUGUUGUUAUUAAAAACAAGCUAUUGCAUUUCGUUCUGCCUCA